CCCGGGCCACCGCUGCCAUGACGACUGCCAUCCUGGAACGCCUGAGCACCCUGUCUGUGAGCGGGCAGCAGCUGCGCCGCCUGCCCAAGAUUCUCGAAGAAGGGCUUCCCAAGAUGCCGUGCACUGUCCCAGAAAGCGACGUGCCCCAACUCUUCAGGGAGCCUUACAUCCACGCGGGCUACCGCCCUACGGGGCACGAGUGGCGUUACUACUUCUUCAGCCUCUUUCAGAAGCACAAUGAGGUGGUCAACGUCUGGACCCACUUGCUGGCGGCCCUAGCGGUCCUGUUGCGAUUCUGGGCCUUUGCGGAGGCUGGGGCAUUGCAGUGCUCUCCCCACACCCUACCCCUGCUCCUCUUUAUCCUGUCCUCUAUCACUUACCUCACCUGCAGCCUCUUGGCCCACCUGCUGCAGUCCAAGUCAGAGCUGUCUCACUACACCUUUUACUUUGUGGACUACGUCGGGGUCAGCGUCUAUCAGUAUGGCAGCGCAUUGGCUCAUUUUUUCUACAGCUCGGACCAGGCGUGGUACGAGCGGUUCUGGCUUUUCUUCCUGCCAGCAGCUGCUUUCUGUGGCUGGCUCUCCUGUGCUGGCUGUUGCUAUGCCAAGUAUCGCUACCGAAGGCCUUAUCCAGUGAUGCGGAAGAUCUGUCAAGUGGUACCAGCCGGGCUGGCCUUCAUUCUCGACAUCAGCCCUGUGGCCCACCGGGUGGCUCUCUGUCACCUGGCUGGUUGCCAGGAACAGGCGGCCUGGUAUCACACCCUCCAGAUCGUCUUCUUCCUGGUUAGCGCCUACUUCUUCUCCUGCCCGGUACCCGAGAAGUACUUCCCAGGUUCCUGUGACAUUGUGGGCCACGGACAUCAAAUCUUCCACGCCUUCCUUUCCAUCUGCACGCUCUCCCAGCUGGAGGCCAUUCUUCUAGACUACCAGGGAAGGCAUGAGAUCUUCCUCCAGCGCCACGGUCCCCUGUCCGUCUACACGGCCUGCCUCUCCUUUUUCUUCUUAGCUGCCUGCAGUGCGGCCACCGCCUCCCUCCUGAGGCACAAAGUCAAGGCCAGACUGGUUAAGAGAGAUUCCUGA